UAACAAACAUGAAUGUCAUUAUUUGCAUUACAUCUUACCUUUCAUUUCUAAAGCAGAAUACUUUAUUUUGGUAACACGUUUAGUAUUUACAGAAAAUCUUUUAGAUGCACGGUUUCUAAAUACUAGUAUUGUUAUAAAACCAAAAUUCAUAUACAAAGUGUGUUUAAUGGAGUUAAAAUGAAAAUGUCAUAUAAAUUUGAAAACUAUGUAAGACCUCAAACACAAGAAAUAAAUAUACGUAAUAUAGAAAUUCUUUAAGGGUAUAUAUGCUAAAAACACUAGGACAUGGCAACUGUCUCCAGCCGGUGAAGGAACAAAGACUUGCUGGUAAAAAAAUUGCCCCCUUAUCAGUUUCUUCAUCAUUUGUGCCCAACCUGUUUGUAGAUCCCCAGAAAAAUUUCUUUUCUUUGAUUUUGAUUCCUCUUGGAGCACAAAAUCACAGCUUUAGGAAGAAUUAAUUAGAGGUAAUAGUCCUUCAUCGAUUUGUUGUUGAAUUGGAUCCAUCGCCUUUUUUUUCUUCCUAAUUACUUAUUUGGUUCUUGGAUUCAAUAUUAUGAAAUUCGAACUUUUGGGGCACUGAUCUUGACUAUUGAGGAGAUUUUAUUGAAAUCGUAGUUGAUAUGAAAUUAGGGUUGGAUCUUGACUGAUAUUUGAUAGCUCGAUGCUUAAAAGAGAACUUCUUUUGGAUUAAUUAUUCUGAGUUGGAUUAGAUCACUUCAGCUUAGGAGCAAGGAUUUGAAUUUCAUGGUUACUUGAGCUUCUUAUGAUUGGAAGUUAAUUAUGAGUUAGAGAGAGAACUUCUUUUCGAUGAAUUUGCUUUCUAGUGUUUAUUUUUUUAGAUUUUCUAAUUAAAUAUUUAAUGGGACAUUCAUUUAGGGGUCUUUAUUUGCUUCAGAAUUUUUAAGGUCAUGGGAUCAUGGAAAUACUUGUGGCAGUUCACAAAGAGCUCUAUAAUUGGUGGAGUGAUUGGGCUAACAAUUUCAGAUCGAUAUCUAACCAUUACUCCUGUGAGAGGCAUAUCAAUGCACCCUACAUUUGCAAAUAGUCAUACCAAUUUCCCUGGAUCAUUGAAGGGUGAUAUUGUAGUUGUCGAAAAAUUCUGCCUUGAUAAGUACAGUUUCUCUCAUGGGGAUGUGGUGGUUUUCAAGUUGCCUAGUGACCACAAGAAGCAGUAUGUCAAGAGAAUAAUUGGUUUGCCUGGUGAAUGGAUUCAAGUUCCUCAGUCAUCGGAAGUGAUUAAGGUUCCACUAGGGCAUUGUUGGGUUGAGGGUGACAAUUCAGACUGGAGUUUGGAUUCAAGGUCUUUUGGACCUAUUCCUCUGGGUCUAAUAGGAGGGAGGGCCACAUUUAUAAUCUGGCCGCCACAGAGAAUAAGCAAAGUAGAGAGCAAGAUACCUGAAGGAAGAGUUGCAUCACAUCACAUCUCUCUUCAGUGAGUUCUUUUGCCCAUUUCAAGCAUCUACCCAAAAUUCAAUCUUUUGUAAUCUACUGUAUUUUCUAUGAUAAUGUAAAAGUCAGAAGUGAUUUUUUUUUACAAACGAUCAAGUCAUUCUCACAUCUAUUUCUAUUAUUGUCAUAAUAAUUCUUUAUUGUGAUUACUCUUGCAUAUUAGCAACUGGGCAAUUUUCUGAUGUUAA